AUUAUUUUAUCAUUACAGUCUUUUCCUUCUCUGUACUCACUCCGCUCUGAAAUUCUAGGUUUCGCCCCACCCACAUCUGCCCCGUUAAUGGAGGUAACUGCGGAGUCGCCGAGACGGCGGAGCAGCGCUUCCUCCUCGCCGGAGUUCGAGUUCUGGAUGCUUAGAAACCCCCCUUGCACCAACCCAGAACUUCCUCUACUCUCCGCGGACGAGCUCUUCGCCGACGGCAUCCUCGUCCCCCUCCAUAUCCUGUCCCUCACCCCGACUCCGAACCCCCACUCCUCCCCCACUUCUCCUCCGCCCACUCCCCCUCCCCAACCCCCUCGACCCGAAGACCCUCCCCCCUCACGGAAAUGGAAAGACAUCUUCAAACCAGGAGAGAAGAAGCCCUCAAAGGACAGAAAACCCUCUUCCACCGCCUCUGCCGCCGCAGAAAUCAACAUCAACAUCUGGCCCUUCUCAAGGAGCCGAUCCUCCGGCAACGGCCGCCCCCGCUCCGCUCCCACCUCCUCUGCUCGGAAGACAAGCAGCGCCCCCUGCUCCCGCUGCAACUCCCAUGGCGAAUCUUCGAAACAUUCUACCGGGGGUUUCGGUUUUUCUCCGGUUCGGAAGUGGUCGCCUACUCCGGCCCGGUCUGGGCGGAUCUACCUGGGCCGGAGCAACCCGGUUUGGCAGCUCAGAAGACGAGCCGUCGCCGGCGGGAGGAAGGAUAAUGGCGGGGCUGGAGUGGGCAGGGUGCUUAACCUUAAUGUGAACACUUGCAUUGGACACCAGAGGACGACAAGCUGCCGAGAUUGUGACAAGGACUGUGAGGCGAUUUCCGAUGACCAGAACCGCCGCCCAGGCGGCGGUAAUGGUGAUGCAGGAGGAGCAGACGGUGAGGUUAAUGGGGGUCUCUUCAAGCUUAAAGCUAUCUUUACCAGAAAGGUGUAUUGAUCUGUGAGGCUGUAAGUUACAUGGAUUGAUUUUUUUUUUUUUUUUUCAUUUAUGUUUUUUGAAAUCUCCUAUGUGUUCUUGUAAAUCUGAUUGCUUGAACUUGUGCCUCCCAUUAUAUCUAUUUUAAUGGAAGAUUUUUAUUUUUUA